AAUUGUUUAUUAUUAUUUUUGAUAUUUUAAUUGAGAGGAUGUUUUCCACCACUUCUAUAAUUUACCGAGCAGAACCACUCCAUCUGCGUCACACCUAAACCCUCCGACUCCAUUGUGCUAUUUAUAAUGAAGACGUUCUGGUUCCCAAAAACAGAAGCUCAAGCAUAUCCAUCAAAAUGUCUCAGGGCCACUUCCUACUCAGCACAUUUCUGUUGCUCUUUCUGUACUUUGCAAUCAUCAACCAUUCCUCUUCUGCUAGAUUCCUGGGAAAUGCAUCUCCAAGCCACAACCACAAUCACCACAAAAUCACAUUCCUAAUGAAAGAUGUGCUUGAUGCUACUACGCAACCACCACCAAGGCCUGCAACCACUAAAGUCACUGAUCAGAUUCCAUUCUCAAAACCAUUAGGCGUUCUCCCUCCUAGUAGAGGAAUCCCAAUUCCUGAUUCCAACCCAUCUCUUCAGGCCACCGGCUUCUCCUCGCAAACCCUUGAUGUCUCCAACAUUGGAUUGUACUUUCCUGCCAGAGCCGCUCUUCAAGAACUGGAAUCAGGGGCAGUGAUUGUAAUAGAUGAGAACCUGUUUGAUGUGGGAUCAGGGUCAUCAAGUGCAGCAGUGGGAAGAGCACAGGGGGUUUAUGUUGCAAACUCAGAAGAUGGGCGUAGUCAUAUGAUGGCAAUGACAGCAUAUUUUCCUGGUACCGGUUUUAAGGAUGGACUGAGGUUUUUUGGAGUGCAUAGGAAGGAUGUAAAUGAGUCUCAUGUUGCUGUAAUUGGUGGGAAUGGGAAGUUUGUUGGUGCCAAUGGAUAUGCAACUGUAAAGGCUGUAAAUUUGGGGUCCAACAGUCUCCUUUUGUUCAAUGUUUAUCUCAGUUAAACAGGACUAAUCAUUCUUGUUUACCUACUAAUGUAUAAAUCAUAUAGGCAUAGGGCCAGUGUCCUUGGAGAAUUAUCUGAAUGAAUUUCACGAAUUUGG